CGCGCUUCCGGGUGUUGGUGUCUUCCGUGGUGGUCUUGGAGCCCGCGGCCCAGGCGGGCUCACGCGCGCAGGAGUGGAAGAUGAACAAACCCAUAACCCCAUCAACAUAUGUGCGGAACUUGAACGUUGGACUAAUUAGGAAGCUGUCAGAUUUUAUGGACCCUCAAGAAGGAUGGAAGAAAUUAGCAGUUGCCAUUAAAAAGCCAUCUGGUGAUGAAAGAUACAAUCAGUUUCACAUCAGGAGAUUCGAGGCAUUACUUCAAAGUGGGAAAAGUCCCACAUCUGAAUUACUGUUUGACUGGGGUACCACAAAUUGCACUGUUGGAGAACUUGUGGAUCUUUUGGUCCAAAAUGAGUUUUUUGCUCCUGCAAGUCUUUUAUUGCCAGAUGCUAUUCCCAAAGCUGAUAAUAUUCUCCAUCCUAAAGAAGCAAUAACAGUUCCACAGAAACAGAUGCCUUUCUAUGAAAAAGAAAAAAUAUCUGUGAUACCUUUGCAAAAUUUUGAACAAAACUAUGUGCCACCGGACUCCACAAAUUCAGUGAAUGAGAAUGUAGAAGUCAGUGACAUACGUUUUCAUAAUUUUUCAUUUUAUGAACUGAAGAGCGUCACAAAUGAUUUUGAUGAACGCCCCAUUUCUAUGGGUGGCAGUAAAAUGGGUGAGGGAGGAUUCGGAGUUGUGUAUAAAGGUUAUGUGAACAACACAGCGGUAGCAGUGAAAAGGCUUGCAGCGAUGGUUGACAUUAGUACUGAAGAACUGAAACAACAAUUUGACCAGGAAAUAAAGGUCAUGGCAAAGUGUCAGCAUGAGAACUUAGUAGAAUUGCUUGGAUUCUCCAGUGAAGGUGAUGACCUCUGCUUGGUAUAUGUUUACAUGCCCAACGGUUCAUUGCUAGACAGACUAUCAUGUUUGGAUGGCACUGCACCACUUUCCUGGCACUUGAGAUGCAAGAUUGCUCAGGGGGCAGCUAAUGGUAUCCGUUUUUUACACGACAACCACCACAUUCAUAGAGAUAUUAAAAGUGCAAAUAUCUUGCUAGAUAAAGACUUUACUGCCAAAAUAUCUGACUUUGGCCUUGCACGUGCCUCUGAGAAGUUUUCCCAGACAGUCGUGACUAGCAGAAUUGUGGGCACAACAGCGUACAUGGCACCUGAGGCACUGCGAGGAGAAAUAACUCCCAAAUCUGACAUAUACAGCUUCGGUGUGGUUUUACUAGAAAUAAUAACUGGACUUCCAGCUGUGGAUGAACAUCGCGAACCUCAGUUAUUACUAGAUAUUAAGGAAGAAAUCGAAGAUGAAGAGAAGACAAUUGGAGACUAUGUUGACACAAAGAUGAGUGACACUGACCCCUCUUCCAUUGAGACCAUGUACACUGCCGCCAGUCUGUGUCUGCAUGAAAAGAAAAACAAGAGGCCAGACAUUAAGAAGGUUCAACAACUGCUACAAGAGACGACAGCUUCUUAAAACCAUCGGAAUAAGCUCUUGGAUUUUUUUUUUUUUAUGAACAGCACUCUGACCUAUUUUUACAACUGUUUUUAUUUCCUUAAUGUUCUUAGCAAAAUGCAGCAAUUCUUCAAUUGCUCAUCCUGCAACAUAACCAGUGAAAGAAGCUGUAGCAUAUAGAGACCUAGGCAUGUCCACCUCUGUGCCCACAAUAAGGCCUGAAAUAUCUCCUUCAAACAGCACCAAACACAGUUAGAAAACACAAAGAA